UUGCACACCUCGCAGAAGGUCCAUUGCAUUCCCACUGUCUCGACUGGCGCUCCCUGUAUAAAGUGUUGCUUUCGUUUGCGACAGAAACCAAAAGCGCUCUUCAAACCGCAGCGAUCAGAUAAGAGUGAGCCGAAACUCUCCUGCCUUCUGCGCUUUGCAAGCCUUUGAAGCUGCACAGGAGUGAGCGCUAGCUUCUUCUCUGGGUGGAACAGCAGGAGCAUGGCGGCGAGGAAGGACACAGGGGUGGUUGCGGGCCUGGCCGUGUUGAACGCGCUCAUCAUCUUGACCAAUGUGGGCAUUAUCUCGUGCAUUGUCGACAACAUCCUGAGCGACAACAUCCACAAAAACUCCACACCCAAUGCGGCAACCACAUUCUUGCUCAUCUUCAGCGUCAGUGGGGUGUUAAUUGGCGCCACCAGCGCAUUCCUGGGGCUUAUUCACAGCGUCCAGAGGGACCACGCUCUGCGGGCGGUCGCUUUCGGUCUCUCCUUUGCCGCCACCAUCUUCUACGUUUUGUCACUAGGCUUCGGGGCGAAGCAGACAAACCUAAAAGGCGAAGGGAGCCUUGAGAAAGCCGUCUUUGCGCUUGACGUCAUCCUGGUCGUCACCGGGAGUCUUUACACCAUCCUGCUGUUCCUGGGACUCACCCACGACGACUCGGCCGGCCUCGGUGGCGCUCCCGCUGGGAUGAAGGCGACACAAUUCGACGCCGUGAAAGUGUAAAGUAUAGGCGACAGAAGGAGUUGGGGAGCUCACCUUUGUGACAGUACCGUGUUGGAAGUUGACUGUAGAAGAUUGUGUAGGAAGUUGUCUUUGGACGGAAGGGCCAUCAGCUCAGAGCGUUGAAAGAGCUUGAACGUUGGAUUAUCCAUUUUUCUCGAGGAACAGGACUAAUCAAAGCCACGAAUCUGUGCUUUAGCAGAGGUACAUAACGAGCGAAUCAGAAAGGAUUCUGCAAUUUUCGUCCGCACAAGAGUAGCUUUUCAUGAAUUGUGGAAGUUUAAUCAGCCCCGUUUUCAACAAGUGAAACGUUGCUUUCACGAAGCGGUCACUGUCAAGCUCUCCUGACACAUGGAAAAAGAUGGAGAAGCGAACCUCCUCAUGACUGCCCGC